AUGGCACCCACCACCACCACUCCAGACCCCUCCAAAGCCCGCCCCAUAGUCUUCUCCGGCCCCUCAGGCACCGGCAAGUCCACCCUCAUCAAACGCCUUUUCAGCGACCACCCCGACCUCUUCGGCUUCAGCGUCUCCCACACAACUCGCAAGCCCCGCCCAGGCGAAGAGGACGGCACGCAUUACCACUUCACCACUCCCACCGCCUUCGAAAAGAUGAUCGCCGAAGACGCCUUCGAAGAACACGCAAAAUUCGGCUCCAACUACUACGGCUCCUCGCGGAAAUCAAUCGAGGAAGUCGGUCAGGGCAAAGGCAAAUCCAUUGACGGCUCGCCCGCCGAAGGCCCGAGGAUAUGUGUGUUCGAUAUCGAGAUGGAAGGGGUGAAGCAGUUGAAGAAGAGUAAGCUGAAUCCGAGGAUAUGUUUCAUCCAGCCGCCGGACCUGAGGACGUUGGAGGAGAGGUUAAGGGGCAGAGGGGAUACGAGCGAGGAGCAGGUGGUGCAGAGGCUGAAGCAGGCGGAGAAGGAGAUUGAGUAUUGUAAGAGCGAGGGGAAGGAGGACAAGGUGGUGGUGAACGAUGAUCUGGAUACGGCGUAUCGGGAGCUGAAUGAGUGGGUUAUGAAGGAUUUGUCGUCCGCUUCGUGA